CGUAUCGUCACGUUAAUUCUCUCGCUAACUUGCAAUGGCUCGUACUAAGCAAACUGCGCGUAAAUCAACUGGUGGAAAGGCUCCACGUAAACAAUUGGCUACCAAAGCCGCUCGUAAGAGUGCGCCAGCCACCGGAGGAGUCAAGAAGCCUCAUCGUUACCGUCCCGGCACAGUAGCUCUCCGUGAAAUUCGUCGCUACCAGAAGAGCACGGAACUUCUCAUCCGUAAACUGCCAUUCCAACGCCUGGUUCGUGAAAUCGCUCAAGAUUUCAAGACUGAUCUCCGGUUCCAGAGUUCAGCUGUGAUGGCUCUCCAGGAAGCCAGUGAGGCCUACUUAGUUGGUCUCUUUGAAGACACCAACCUCUGCGCCAUCCACGCCAAGCGUGUCACCAUCAUGCCCAAGGACAUCCAGUUGGCUCGUCGUAUCCGAGGAGAACGUGCUUAAGUUAUUUUAACAUCAAAAACCAAUAAACCAAACGGCCCUUUUCAGGGCCAUCAAAUUUUUCAUACGAAGAAAAUUUUUUGAGUUCUCACGAUUACGUCCCUUCAAACCUAUACCCCGCCACUUAAUUUUUUUCUUAACUUGUAAUAUUUUCGUUUACCUUAAAAAUGAAUUUUACCAAUGUCCCAUAUAUGUAUCAAUUUUGAUGAUUAUUACAACUUAUUUUCUCACUUUCAAAUGUGCGAAUUGUCAUCAAAAUCGAAUUGUCUUGACCAUUUACUGCUUUCUGAUUCGUUCAAAGCUACCGACAUAAUUAUUAUUGUUAUAAUAUUCCAUCAGUUAGCUCGAUCCAAUCACAG